GGGGCAUUAGUGACUUUCUGAUUCUGAACAACAGAAGUGUCACGGGCCAGGACUUAAUGUGAGAACAAUGCUGUUCAAGAUAAAAUGAUACUGACACCAUUAAUGGCAACAUUUGAUUAAUGUAUUAAACUAUAUUUUUUAUUUUGUUCAUAUUGUAUUACAAGUGAUCCUUUGGACUUUAGAUUAGAUCUGGAUCCUACAAAUGCAAAUAAGAAAAAAACGAACACAUUAAAUAUCCGGUUUAUAUCUUAGAUAUUUGUUGACAUAGCUAGUUCUUGUAUUUAUUAGGAAAGUUGUAUCUUACUUGUAAAGUUUGCAAAACGACACUCUUUCAUUUCAAAACAGCCAGAAAUAUGUUUGCAUAUUCCUCUUUCUCUGUAUUAAUAUAACUGCCAGUGUGCAUAUAUUUCCAUAGAAAUAUCUCCAUAAGCCUGGAAAUAGUAAAUACUUUAUAUUGGCUCAUAUGGGCAGCAUGAGUGUGCGUGUGUCUCGGGGCAAAGCAGCCCCGCCCGUUUAUGCUAAUUAAUGCCUCCCAUUGGCGUGUCAGGGGAGCAGGUCCGCUCUGAUUGGCCAGGUCGAAGCCAUUUAUUCUCUGACAGCCCCGUCACAUGAAUGGUUGUCUAUUAACUUGUUCAAAAACUAUCUGGAGUUGACAAGGCUCAGGCGGACACAGGCGAAAAGUACAGUUUGUUGAUGCUUUCUCGGAGAGGCGACGGUAGAAGUUUUUUGGACACAACAUAGCAGGAACCUAUUGGGAGAAGGCUUUUUGCCACACACACUGACACGCUCACCGAGAGGAGAAGAGAGAGAGAGAGUGUGUGUAGAUGAGACGCAGCUUGUUGUGUUUUUCCAGAGAAAAAGUUGCAGAGCAAAAUCGAAAGGUAACUUUUAGCAGCAGCAGCAGCAGCAGCAGCAGCAGCAGCCCGUUCCUCACUGCCCUGCCUCUGGCUUGUGGAGUUUGUCUCUGUGUGUUUUUAUUUUUAAACUCUCCCCCCUCGCGGGAGCUCUAACUAAAAGCUGUUCCUGAUGUAUAACAUGAUGGAGACUGAACUGAAGCCCCCUGCUCCCCAAACCAACACGGGGGGCCCGGGCAACAACACGUCCGGCAACGGUCCUAACCAGAAAAACAGUCCGGAGCGGGUCAAGAGACCCAUGAACGCAUUCAUGGUGUGGUCCCGGGGCCAGAGGAGGAAGAUGGCGCAAGAAAAUCCCAAAAUGCACAACUCGGAGAUAAGCAAGAGGCUGGGAGCCGAGUGGAAACUUCUGUCCGAGAGCGAGAAGAGACCUUUCAUCGACGAAGCCAAGAGGCUGAGGGCCCUGCACAUGAAGGAGCAUCCGGAUUACAAAUACCGGCCCCGGCGGAAAACCAAGACCCUCAUGAAGAAGGACAAGUACACCUUGCCCGGCGGGCUGCUGGCUCCGGGUGGAAACGGGAUGGGAGCUGGGGUCGGAGUGGGGGGCGGGCUGGGCGGUGGGGUGAACCAGCGGAUGGACAGCUACGCGGCGCACAUGAACGGCUGGACCAACGGGGGCUACGGCAUGAUGCAGGACCAGCUCAGCUACCAGCACCCGGGGCUGAACGCACACAACCCGAGCCAGAUGCAGUCCAUGCACCGCUACGACAUGAGCGCGCUGCAGUACAACAGCAUGACAAGCUCCCAGAGCUACAUGAACGGCUCCCCGACAUACUCCAUGUCCUAUUCCCAGCAAAGCACACCGGGGAUGACCGCUCUGGGCUCCAUGGGGCCCUCCUCGGUGGUGAAGUCCGAGUCCAGCAGCUCCAGCCCGCCCGUCGUCACUUCGUCGUCCCACCGGGCCGGCCCGGGCUGCCAAAGCGGGGAUCUGAGAGACAUGAUCAGCAUGUACCUGCCCGGGGCGGAUGUCAGCGAGCAGAACGCCCAGACCAGGCUACACAUGUCCGGCCACUACCAGAGCACCGUGCCCGGGACGACGAUCAACGGCACGCUGCCCUUAACACACAUGUAAGAGACACACAGAGAGAAAGAGAUAAAAAAUGAACUUUUAUAAGAGAAACUGUGGACUAUUAACGUUGGACUAUUUUUGUACAGAAAAAAAUCGGGGUGGGAAAAGUUGUAUAGAAGUCUCCAGGAAAAGGACACACGACUCAUUUUUUAUUUCAUUUUAUUAAGGAAGUUCUAGAGGAACGGUAGGAGAUCCCCUGGUCACUGGUGGAUGAAGUUGGAAGACUAGAAAGUGGGAGUCGCAAUCAAAUGUUUUAUUAUUGCAAUCACCUUUUUGUACAGUAUUUAUCAAAGAAACAUUACAAUCAGAUGAAAUUGUUUGUUAAACUGCAAGAAGUUGCAAUUUCUUUUUUUCAUUAUAUAUAUAUAUAUAUAUAUAUAUAUAUAUAUAAUGCAACGCCAGUUCUGCAGAAAAUAUUAAAAGUGAAGAUGGCAGAACCGGAUUUAUAUGGGAGCGAUCAGUUAUGCUCCUUUAUUACAGCAACAUUGGAAAGAAAAGGGACAUAAAACGAAGCAGGUAAUACUGUUUUUUCAUUUAAGGUCAAUACUACUUAACAUUUUGAUUUCUUAAAAAAUGACAAGACACUUUGUUUUUCUCUCAUACAGCUUAAAAUAUAGGUUGUUAAUUUAUAUCUCCGUCUCCCACUUUUCAUCUGUUAGAGGUAUGACGCUUGUGCUCUUUAUUUUCUAAUUGAGUUGUACAAUUUCUGUAUAUUUACUGUGAUAUUUUAAGUUUUUAUUUCAAAAAUUCAUUCCCGUAGUUGUAUUUUAAAAUUGUGGCCUGUACGCAGAAGCCAACCACUCCAUGUAAAUAUAUACCGGAACUAAUACCAUCCUUAUAACAGUUACAAUUUCAGCUGAGUAUAUUUUUUUUUCAAUAUGCAGUUUGAAAUGAAUAAAUUUUGGAAAUUUGGAUACUUGAAA